AUGGGAGGCAACGCAUCCAAAGACACAACCAAAGCUGUAGUAGAGCAGACAAUAACUAUGGAUGACGAUGAGCCAGAUGAUUGGGACAAACGCAUCUUUAGCACAGGAUGUGCAGACGAGAACAUGAAGAUGACAGACUGUUAUUACGAGAAGAAGGAUUGGAGAAAGUGCAAAGAAGAGAUGGAGAUUUUUAGGCGCUGCUGGAAGGCUCAUGGGAACGAUGAGAGGACCUCGACGAAAGAUGCCGAAAACAAGACGACGAAAUCAUGA